ACGAACUGCAAUCAUGGCAAACAAAGCUCUCAUUCUCUUGGCUGUGCUCCUCUGCGCUGAGGCCGCCUUUGGUGUGGCUGUCGUCUCCAAGGCCGCCUGGGGAGGACGCGCACCCCGCAGCAAGACCACGCUGGCCAACAAGCUGAGCUACGCUGUUGUCCACCACACCGCUGGCAACUACUGCUCCACUCGCGAUGCCUGUGCCCGCGAGCUGCGCAGCAUCCAGGCCUACCACAUGGACAGCCUGCAGUGGCCCGAUAUUGGCUACAACUUCCUGAUCGGCGGCGAUGGCGCUGUCUAUGAGGGUCGCGGCUGGAACGUUGUCGGUGCUCAUGCCACCAACUGGAACUCCAAGUCUCUGGGCAUCUCCUUCCUGGGCAACUACAACAACAACCGUGCUACCUCUGCUAUGAUCAACGCUGCCAAGGGAAUCCUUGCUGAUGCUGUCUCUCGUGGUCAGCUCGUUUCUGGCUAUAUUCUGUAUGGUCAUCGUCAGGUCAGCGCCACUGAGUGCCCUGGCACCAACCUCUGGAACGAGAUCCGCACCUGGUCCAACUGGAGGGCUUAAGCUUGAUAUACUAAUCGAUGAACAUUUAAAAACUGCUGCAUAAUAAAAAAUUAUUUAAAAAAAUAUAAUAC